AUGUUUAAAUUUUUUUUAAAACGAAUCCUUUGUAGAAACAGAGUUACUACAGUUAUAAUCUUUGAAUUAUUAAUUUUAGCAUGUCAAACAAUAUUGAUAUAUUUUUUUUAUAAUAUAUAUUUUUCAAUAUUAAACAAACUUAUGAAAUUUGAUAAUCAAAAGAUAGAUGAUGAGGAGACGACAAGAUAA